AUGCCAAUCGUACAUAUCGUUUUGUUCAAGUUCAAGGAGAGCACCGACCCAGCAGUUGUCAAAGAUAUCUGCAAUCGUAUGCUUAGACUCAAAGACACAUGCCUACACCCUGAAACCAAAGUACCUUACCUCAAGUCAUACUAUGGUGGAGGAAGUAACAACAGUCCCGAGGGAGCUGCAGUAAGAGCAUCCAACAUGAGCAGCAGGGUCACCCCACUGACAACAACANNGCAUGGCCUUCAGUAUGGGUUUGUCUCAGAGUUCCAGUCAGAGGCCGACAGGGACUACUAUCUGAACAAGGAUCCUUCUCAUCUCAAGUUUGUGGAAGAUGUGGGCAAGAUCGUUGACUCGGCUACCGUGUUUGACUUUGAGCCGGGUGUUAUGUCGUGA